UUUUUUUUACACUGAACUACAAUAGAAAACCUUAGAGCUCAAAAUGGCUCAAAAUUUUACCAGAAACAUAAUCAAUGAAUUUGUCAUCACAGGAUUUGACUAUUUAGAAAAACCAAUGGCUGUCGGUAUUGUGAUACUUACCGUAUAUCUUCUUGUUAUGUUGUCUAACCUCGCUAAUAUAUGUUUUAUUCUCUUUGAUAGGCGUUUGCACAAGCCUAUGUACUUAUUUAUAUGCAAUUUAGCGAUUGUAGACAUGCUCUACUGCACGAGUUCGUGUCCAACGAUGAUAAACGUGCUUGUGGUCGGAUGUAAAACCAUUUCUUAUGCUCCGUGUGUUGUUCAGGUGUUUGCUUUUGGUUUGGGUUUCGUGAUGGAGCUCUUUACUAUUUCUGUUAUGGCGUUUGAUCGAUUAAUAGCCAUAAUCAAUCCACUGCGCUAUGAUUCAAUUCUGACUAAUUUCCGCUGUGUUAUGCUGAUGUUUUUGAUUUGGAUUCUGGGCUCUGCUUUAAUGGCCAUUAUCCCUGCGACUAUUCUCCCUUUACCUUUCUGUUACUCAACUGUGAAAUAUCUAUUCUGUGAUUACGCCGCUGUGAUCAGAGCGUCCUGCGUGGAUCCAAACCCAUAUUUUAAUUUAAUGACGGUUUUAUCCUUCGUCCUGCUGUUCGGUACGUUCAGCUUCAUCUGUGCAUCCUAUAUUAAAAUAGUGAUAGUCGUGGUCGGCAUGAACUCAAAGGGCAGUAAGAAUAAAGUGUUUAAUACCUGCUUUAGUCACUUAAUAGUCAUUGCCUGUUAUUACACUCCCACGUUCGUAAUGAUCGUUCUGACCAGGAUAGGGUUAAAUUUAACACUCGAAGAGAGAAACGGGUUGAGAGUCGGGACGAUUCUCGCUCCUGCUUUAGUAAAUCCCUUUAUUUAUUGCUUUAGAACAAAAGAAAUCAGAAAUAAAAUAUUGAGAAACAUGUCAAAAGUCGAAGCAAAUGAAUAAAGUGGAUCGUAAAUCUACUUUUUUCUACUUUUGUUUUGCUUGAAUAUUGAUGCCAAACCUGCUGUUUUUUUUUUUUUCAUUUUUGUGUUUCAUGUAUUUCUAAAUGGAAAUCAACAAGUUAUGCAUUUAUUUAUUAAUGCAGUUUCACAGAUGGAAUAAAUUACUAAAUAUUUUACCCUUGUUAAAGAAGAGUGCAUUUAAGUUUUUUAUUUUUAAUCAUACUUAAAUGGACAUUUGUACUUGUAUUUGUGAUAUUAAAAGUACUAUUUAUACAUAUAUAUGUAUAAGUAUAUUUCAAUUGUAAUUAAACUAUAUUUAAAUACAACAUAAAAGCAUUAGGUUGUGUUUCUGAGU